GCAAUCAUAUAUACCCCAAUGAGAAAAUGCUUUGGUGACAGUGGGAAAGAAAAACUUCAUUUUAACAGGAAGAAUCCUUAAUGAUAUUGACAUAUAAAACUACAAAUACCUGGAGGGACUGAGUACUGUUGGUGGUAACCCCGACCCAGAAUUAGAGCAAAAAAGCUUUGUCAUAUUGCCACAAAUUCUUAUCUACAUUACAGUAAGAUUUAAUUUUAAAUGAAUAGUCCUGCAGGCUGUUGACAAAGUGAUUACAUGUUUGUUGCAUUUAUCAGGAUUUUAGGAAUAAACCUUUUCAAGCUGGCUGAACCAAAACGACCACUGAAACCUCAGAGGAAAGAAAGAAAGAAGGUGACGGCCCAGAACCUGUCUGACGGAGACAUCAAAUUGCUUGUUAACAUCAUCCGGGCCUAUGAUAUCCCAGUCCGCAGGCUUCAGAGCAAUAAACCAGGACAGUCAUCUCAUAGUGCCCUUCAGGGCAGCAUUGGGCUUCCCGACCAGAUACAGGUGAGGCCAUUUGUGGAGGUUUCCUUCCAACGCACAGUACUUCAAACAGCCACAGCCGAUGGACCAAACCCAUGCUGGAACGAGGAGCUGCAGCUGCCUUUUAGCGCUCCAAAUGGUGACUACAGCACUGCUAGCCUGCAGUCAGUCAAAGAUGAGGUUUUCAUCAACAUAUUUGAUGAAGUGGUACAUGAGACUGUGAUGAAUGACAAAAACAGAGGGAAAUCAAUUCAAACCCACAUAGAGAAGCGCUGGUUGGGCUCAGUCAAGAUUCCUUUCAGCACAAUUUAUUCUCAGUCCAAGAUUGAUGGGACAUUUAAAGUGAACACGCCAGCUGUGCUGCUGGGUUACAGCAAGGAGAAGAGCCACUUCACUAAUAGUGGUUUUGAUAUCUUGAGAAGUCUGAGUGAGGGAACAUUUAUCACGCUGUUCAUCACUGUCGAUCCACAGCUGGUACCUGGAGAGUCUGUUAGGGAGAAGAUAAAGGAAAUGAAGUUUGACACCCAAGAGGAUGAGCGCUUAUUGCAAGCUUCAGAGAGAUUUGAGAGGGACGCAGCUCAGAGAUACCCAGACCGACCCUGCAUUACCACAGUCAUAGACCUCAGUGGGAAGACGGUCUUCAUCACACGUUACAUUCGACCACUCAGUCCCCCAAAGGAGCUACUGGAUGAAUUCCCCAAUAACCCAUUGGAAGCCACGCCCCUCGUUGCUCGAUUUGUGUCACUCAUCCCUUCUCUGCCUGACCAAGUUUCAUUUUCUGCAACCUGCGAUCUUUGGAGCACCUGUGACCAAUUCCUAACCCUUCUAGCGGGUGAUGAAGAGGAACACGCUGUACUGUUGUGCAACUACUUCCUGUCUUUGGGCAAGAAAGCCUGGCUUAUAAUUGGCACAGCCAUACCGGAGGGACCCACGGCUUAUGUCCUGACCCUUGAGCAGAACCUCUACCUUAUCUGGAAUCCCAGCAGCGGUCAGUUCUACGGGCAGUACGACACCUUCUGCCCACUUCAGGCAGUUGGCUGCUUGGUCAAUGCUGACAAUGUUUGGUUCAACAUUCAACAAUAUACAUCACCAAUGAGGGUCAGUUUUGACAUCACAAAAGCUAAUUUGUGGAAACCGUUUUUCUCCCGAACUUUCUCCCACCCUGGACUGUCUAGCGUACAACCAGAGGAGCUGGUGUAUCGUCGCACAGACAGGGCAGCUGCAGCAGAGCUUCAGGACAGAAUCGAGAGGAUCCUGAAGGAGAAGAUAAUGGAGUGGCGACCUCGUCAGCCAACCCGCUGGAACCGCUACUGCACCACCACCCUGAAACAGUUCCUGCCCAAGCUGGAGCUGAUCCGAGGACAAGAUGUGGCUGAGGGACACCGCCAUGAGCUGCAGAGCCUGCUGGGAGACUACAGAAUUUCAGGAUUCCCCCUCAAUCUGGUGUUCUCUGAGAUCCGGCCCAUUAUAGAGGCAGUGUACAGCACUGGCAUUCACAGUGUUCAGGCAUCAAAUGUGGAGUUUGCCCUGGCUGUGUAUGUGCACCCCUACCCAAAUAACGUCAUGUCAGUGUGGAUUUACUUGGCCUCACUCGUCCUCACAUGAUGUAAGAUCUGACUGUUUAUCAAGCUUCAGCUUUAUCAAAGCUGAUGUUUAAUGCAAAUUACUGUAGAUCAAGUUAUCUUCAUGAACUUUGCAAUAUUUUUUUGUACUUUUUUUUUGUAUUCAGCUUUCCAUAUGUACUGGCCCAUCUCACGAUGUCUCCUUCAUACUUUGAGUUAGCAUGAAUCUGCUGCCGAUACCAGCUCAUUCUACCAGCUGUGACAAGAGCACUAGCAAAAAAGCACAACUAUAGAAUAAUUAGUCAGGAGGGAUAAGGAGAGAGGAAUGGUCCGUGGAAAGCACUUGCAAAACGGUUCCCUGUUGCCUCUCCAGUGCUUCCGAUGUUACUUUUGUUACACCAAAGCAAUUUUUAAUCACAUUUUUAAGGUUUUAUUUAUGAAAGCAAAAAAGACAUGUGUUCAUGACAUGGUCAGAAAUAAACUGUAAAAUGUAUAAACAUUUUCAAAUAAGCUAAAUUGUAUUUGAAUUAAAUGCAUAAACUUC